AGGAGUGAACAGACUGCAGUUUGUCAUCAGGUGGCUUUUCAGGUUCAGCAACAGAAUUUUGGAGCAGAGAGACAGACAGGCUGGUAAGGCCAGGUUGAGUUCAGGAAUGUCAGCACGUAACAGGGUGGUGUAGAGAGAGGGACGGAGGGAGUGAGCCAAACAGAGGAGGGACAAAGAGCAGGAGAGAGAGAGAGAGAGAGAGAGAGAGUCAUAAAUGCAAUAAUUACAGCUUAGGCAGAAAUAAGCAACGCACUCUCCUGGUUCCACAGGCUGCCUGCGUAGCUAACAACACUGCUGUCCCACUGAGAGGAGGAAGAAAGGGCCUGGGAACCACUGAUCUCUGAGUUGUUAUUUGUACUGUACUGGGAUUUAUUUCUCACCAGAUUUUUUUCAUUUCUAGCCAUGGAUUUGCUCCUGGAUUCUGGCUAAUUAUGACAGUUUUUUUCUCCCAGUUUCCUCAAAUUCAAACAGAAGUUUCCAGACUCUCUUCCCAAAAAAAACCUGGAAUCUUUUACCAUGUCUGUGACUGCCCUGUUCAGGGGCAAGUGGGGGCAGAAGUCACAGGAAACCCCAGAAAAGCAUCCGGCACCUGCUGUUCAGCCCAGCCCUGAGGACGACGAUGACGAAGAUGACUCCAGAGUAGGUUUCAGUAGAGAGCCUAUCCGCAGGAACUCCCGGUUUUACCGCUCAAUGAGGAAGAAGAGGCUGGUCUCACCUGAGCAGUCUGAAAGUUCUACCAGGCCUGGUUCAGACCACAGUCCAUCCAGCAGAGCAAGAGUCUCCCACAAUGCUCUCUUACCUCAAAAAUCACCUUUGUUGCCCGGGGCUAGACGCCCCCCGCCUUCACCACAGCUCCAUCAUUCCAGAACUGUGUUGCCAAGCAAUGGUGAGGCCAGCAGCAGACAUGCUCUGUACAACAGGGAUGCUGUGGAUAAGAGAAAAGGAGGAGUGGGAGGAGGGAGUGUGGACAUAUCCGCUGCCUCAAUCAGCCAGCAUAGAGAUUUUACAGCUGACAUGAUCCCUUACCGGACUCACCCCAUUGAUGGUAGAGACAUAAAAAAGCUGUCUGAGCAAACAGCUGCAGCUUGCACUGUACAGGAGGUCAGAGGGACAGCCAUGAUCUCACGACAGUCCAUUUCUGACGGAGAAGACCGGGAGAACGACAACCUCAGGUUGCUGAGCAAUGGAGGAAGCUCCCAGACAAUCUGUCACAGCCUCAACAUCAUCAAAAACAUUGCCUUCUUGUACCAGGAAUACCGGGAUACCUCUAAGCAGCAGGAGAUCGAGCAACGGCGGCAGCGUGACAACCUCUCUCCUGAGGUUACGGCAGGGACCGUGGUGGCUGAGUCUGGUGUCAUGUCCCCCCCAGCAUUACAGCUGCAGCUGAGGAACAGUGCUCGCUCACUGAGCUUGUGGCAGAACCUGGAAGUCGUGCAGAACAGCGGCUUGCUCGCUAAGCUACAGCAGAAAGAAAUCAUAAUGCAAGAGGCCAUGUUUGAACUUGUUACCUCAGAGGCAUCCUACUACAAGAGUCUGGAAAUUUUGGAGACUCACUUCCUGCGUAACCCUGUUUUAAUCAACACUCUGAGCCAGUCUGACAUGCACUUUCUGUUCUCCAACAUUGAGGAAGUCAUGAAAGCCAGUGAAAGAUUCCUGAUGGAUCUUGAGCACCGGAUCGAGAAGUCUAUUUUGAUUUCUGAUGUGUGUGACAUUGUUUACCACCAUGCUGUGGAACACUUCAGUGUCUUCAUCAAAUAUGUUAUUAACCAAGUAUACCAGGAGAAGAACUACAGACGCAUUUUGGAGGGAAACCAGGCAUUUCGGGAGGCCAUGGCUUCACUGGAGAACCAUCCCCGUGUCAGGGGCCUGUCGUUUACCUCAUUCCUCAUCCUCCCUUUCCAGAGGAUCACAAGGCUCAAGCUGCUCGUACAAAACAUCCUGAAAAAAGCGGAGGAACACUCAGAGAGGGAAGCAAACGCUAUAAAAGCACACCAGCAGCUGGAGCAGAUUGUGAAGGAGUGUAAUGAGGGGGUGAGAAAAAUGAGUCGCACUGAGGAGCUCAUCAGCAUUGAGAAAACACUGGAGUUUAAAUCUAAGUCUGUGCCCAUCAUUUCCCAUUCACGCUGGUUGCUAAAGAAGGGUGAAGUGCAGUUAAUGGCGGGACCUAAGAGCACUAGGACCAUGCGGAGUCGUAAGCUCUACCAACCAGUGUUCUUGUUCCUUUUUAACAAUCUGCUGCUGGUCACCAAGCGCAGCUCUAGUGGGGACAAGUUCCAGGUUCUUGACUCAUGCACCCGGGCCAUGUUGAGGACCGAAGAUCUUGAAGACCAGGGCCAGCUGCUAGCCAAUGUCUUCAAUCUUAAGCUGCUGGAGAACCAAGAAGAACGUCCAGUGAACUACAUGCUCAAGACCACCAGUAUGAGUGACAAACUUCGAUGGAUGUGUGCCCUCACUCCUAACCGGCGCACACGCUUUAUGUCUACUUGCGCCCACCAACCAGACUCUCCGCAGGUGCAGUGUAUUCAGUCAUACUCAUCUCAGGAGCCAGAUGAACUCUCCAUUGAGAUGGCUGAUGUCUUGAACCUCCUAGAGAGGACAGAUGAUGGCUGGAUGAUGGGUGAAAGGCUCCAUGAUGGUGAAAGGGGCUGGUUCCCUAGUCGAGUUGUAGAGGAGAUCCAGAGCAAGGAGGUCCGAGCUCAGAACCUGAGAGAGGCCAUUAGGAUCCAGCAAGCCCAGGAAGGUGGGGGAGGCCCGCAAACUGGAGCCAGGGUUGGUUUGAGAUCUGGGAGACGUCCCCCAAAGGUCUCCAGCUUCUCCAGUCAUCUGAUUGAUCAAACGGGGGACAGCAGUGACGUAAAGCAGUAAAACAGUAACAGUGAUGAAUCUCCAUUCAGGACCAGAUGCACCAAGAGAAAAAUAAUAAGGAUACAUGUGAUCUAUCCCCAUAUAAUGACAUCUUGUCCCUUUGAUUUUCAUUUAGCAGUGGAUGGUUGUAGAAAUCCACACUUUUGGUCUCAGUGAUCUGAGACAAAUAAUCAAAGUGCUUGAGUCAGUAACCUUGUGCAAACAAUGCUGCAUGUCUCAUGUAAACGUGUAGUGAAGGUGUAUCAUAGGCCCGCACACUGUGGUGUGUAAUGCAUGGAGCAAAGCUCUGUGUUUGGUUGGGAGCUUUGUGUGGGAAUGGCAAGAACCCUAACAGUCUAAAGGCUGUAAACAUCCCUCAGUUGCAUGAGCAAGACUUUAAUGUGUUCAUUUCAUUGUAAAAUACAACACUGAUUUCAACACUGAAUUAUACUCCACACCCACAACACAAACAUUCAAGCAAAUGGUGGCCCUGAGAGCUCAAUGCACUGCAGCUUUAGAAAGCACAUACAAAUAGACAAAAUAACAAAUGACAAGAUCUUCAUCAAUUUGGCAACAUAGUGAGGAAACACAACCAUUGUAUUUGUCUGAGUUUUGUAUCUUUUUUUUCUUUUUUAUCUUUUUUUUCCUGCAGCUGCAAAUGUGUUCAAGAUGAUGUUCUUCAUUUGCCGGUGUUUUCAUGUAAGCAGUGCACUGAGCUUUCAGGGCCACCGUAAAAUAAAUACAUAGAGUUGUACUGUAUGAUCACCAAUGAUUAUUUAAAAAGUCUCUGUCUAUAUGAGUCAGUUAAAGUGAUACUCAACCUGAAAUGUAUCUUUUGAGUAUGAAACACUGACAGAAACAGUCAGACUUGUUUGCAGGUUGUAAAAGGAUGCUAAUUAUGGAGGAGAGUGGCAGCUUGGCUUCACAGCAGUUACAACAGUGUCAGGACAUCCACAGAAAUCAGAGGUGUCAGAUAGUAACAAGGGGGCCCAGUGCAAGAUUCACCUUGGGAUAAAGAGAUAUUGAUAACAUUUUUUCUCCUUAAGUUUGAGAAAUAAAUAUCAAAAAUAACAUAUGUUACAUUUUAAAAAUAUAUGCUAUGCUGGCAGUGACCCAAGUCACACAACAUCUGAUAUGAUGGGUUGGCAUGUUGGUCUAUCAGGACACACAAACUUGUAGCCUACAAAGCACAUUUUAUUUAAAGAUUUCCUUUAAAUCAAACUCCCUGGCUCUAUAAUUACCCAAAUGAUAGUAUAGGAAAUCCUUCCAGUCCUCUGCCAUGGUUCAAGUAGUGUUUAAUUUGUUUUAACUUUCUGCACAUAGCUAGAAAUUCAGUUUGCUGGUCAAACAAACUGUCACAUGAUGAUAUAGAUGGAUAUUUCCCAGUAAUCACUGCUACAUGUCUACAAAUAAUUUAAUUGAAUAACUUUCAUUUGUUCUUAAAAUUUAGCUAUAUACAUAAACAGACAUCAGAAAUUGCAUGUGAUUGUUUUCUGCUGAAUAAUGAAUGGAAAUGGAAACAGACAGGAGUUUCCUUAUUUGAAGGUAGAUAAACUAAUAUGGUGCUAAGUUCACCUUGUAGUGAGGUUAUGAUUUCUACUGCUGGAGGAGGAGCACUGUAUUCACAGUUUAACUUAACUACAUAUGAGUGCUCUACCAUGGUGGCCCACACAGGCUCUCUCUGCUAUUGUGUAAUGACAGGAAGAUGCGACAAUUUCAGAAAAAGUCCUCACAUUUUAAAACGUGUUCAUGUUUUUAGGAUCAUUUCUUACUUUUAUGAUGAAUCUUUGGUUGUGUGGUAUUGUUGUAUAGCUACUUGGAUUGAAUGGCCAACAAAGACUUAUUUUAUUUUUGAAAGUACUAUACCAUACAAUAGACACACUGAUUGUCAUAGGCACAUUUAACACACUGUCUCGGUCUGCGUACAUAAUGUUGUACAUGGACCUGUCUCACACGUCCUCCUGAUGUUCUAAUGCUAAGAACAGCUUUUCUCUACUUUCCAUUAAUCCUGAGCAUAGACCCUAACAGCCCGCAGUGUUUAAUACUCAGAGGAUUUUAUGUUGAAUAUCACUUUGAAAUUGUCAGUUUAACACAAGCGUGCAUGCAUACACACACACACACAUACAUAUGUUUACUUAAGUCACUUCUGGGGAAUUUACAUACACUUGCAUGUAUUUGCUGAAGACUUACCCUAAUCAUAACCUCUACUUCCCUAACCCUACCUUAACCACUGACACACAUAACGUUUUUCCAGCUGGGGAUACAACUUUUUCCCCAGUUGGUUUUACGUUUAAAAAUUGUCCCCAUAAGUAACUUAAAUCACACAUACACACACACACACACACACACACACACACACACACUCACACACACACACACACAAGGGAUAAAUCCCAUUAUAGCAAUUAAAUGCCAAAUAACUGCAAUAUGUUGUAAAUGUAUAGAAUGUAUCAGCACUAUGAACUGCUAUGGAUCAGCAUGAUUGUAAAGCCUGUGUGUGUACAGUAACAGUUGAUGUUCAAAGUAAUAAUUACUAAAUAAUUAUUUCAUUUUGUAAGAUGUAAGAUGUAAAUUAUUGUUCAUAAAAAAGCUUUAAUCAGA